AUGUUCAACCGGAAAAGACGACUCUCUGAUGACUAUCCGGAGAAGUCCAUGAGUUCACGACGAUAUAUGAAUUUUGUGGCGACCGGAUCUGACAUAAAGCCAGAGAUCCAUGAAGCCAAGCCAUCGUCAGACCUUCCAGUGGUGAAUAGCCCUCAAUAUCAACGCUAUGGUAUUGGGGCUAAGCUUCUUAAGAAAAUGGGAUAUGUGGAGGGUCACGGUCUUGGUACAGAUGGUCAGGGAAGAGCUGAACCUAUUAGUACACGACUACGACCCAAAGGAAUAGGUUUGGGUGGUAUAGAGGAGAUUGAUAGCGGCUAUCACAGCCCGAGCUAUGACGGCCACGGCGAUGAUGGUGCCAUUCACAACUCUUACAAGCAGGUGAGCUUUGAAUUACAAGUUCUCCCGACCAUGUUCGACCUCAUAACUGGACUUGAAAGCGAGGGCUUUGAAGUACCAAUUAGAGUCAAGGAGAUAUCUGAUAGUAGUGAUCAUAAUGACAAUUCGUCUAAUCGAGAACUACGGUUAUUAAUGAAAGAUUCCCUAGAGAUUGUAAGAGAUCUUCGAGUUAAAGAGAAAUACAUGAAAUAUGAGAGAAUGGAGUUGAAUAAGACGAUUGAAUCCACAGAGAAGGAGUUGAACGACAUAACGCAGGCUGUUUCAGUAGUCAGUGAAUAUAUGAGCCGCAAUGACGAUGACAGUGACAAUGACGACAAUAUGAAUUGUAUUCUGGACGAAAUAGUACCUUGUAGUCACACUUCGUUGUUAUUUGCUUCACUUUUAAAGCCUAAGGUGGCUUCAUUGAUGCUCAAAUGGGAUCCCAAAUCAUUAAAUGAGACUUCUGAACUGGUAAGCAAGUUGAUGAAAUGGAGAAACAAGUUUCAAGAUGAUUAUGAAUGGUUUGAUACCAUAGUAAUGAGUAAUUGGCUUCCAAAAGUGACUGAUAUGUUUAAUACCAAGUGGAUAUCAAUGGAGCAGCCUAAUUUAGCUAUUUCAAUCCUUGAGGAGUUCUCUGAGAGUGUUAUUUCCAAAGAAGGUAUUGACUACGUUAUUCGAGUGGUGAUAAUUCCGAUUCUUAUACAAGAUAUUACCGAGAAAUGGGAAAUUACCGGUACAAACGGACCGGAAUUCUGGCUAGUUGAUUGGUUGGACAUCCUUGAGGAUGAUAUGGUAGAAAGAAUCAUGCAAGCAUUGUUCCAGAGGUAUAGAAAAUGGAUUGAGACUGAAUGGGAUUCCACUACAGAUCCCCAACUUCCUCUGGAUAGAAUCCACUUAAAGCUUUGGUUGGAUUACUACGAUUCAGACGCCGGUAUUGAGGAGAGUAUAGUGAAGAAGGAGGUGCUACAGCUGAGAAAUCAGCACUCUAUUAGCAGCUGUAUUCGCUUUGUUGAUGUUCUUCAAGCCAAUCAUCUCAAGGAAUCUAAAAUCGACUAUCUUGUAGAGAACGAGGUAAUGAUUCCAUGGAUCAAACGAUUCUUUAGUAUUUCCAAAGAUCGUGACAAGUACACUUAUUUUUAUGAAAGUAUGGUCAAGUUUGUUUUUAUUUUGAGAUACACUUCUGUCCAGCAUUAUGUGGAACUGGCCUGUGAGUAUUUCAACUUGAUCUAUCAUACAGGUCUCAGUCGAAGGAUAUUCAGUCUAUCCGAUAUGCCGCCAGUCUUGGAGAUCUGUCAGAAGAGAGACACGACUGUCACUUCAGUAAUGGAGAAGUUGGCACGUAUGAGUAUUUCAGGAGAGACGGAAUCCGGCGUUGCGUCUACUCAACCCUCUCAUAGUAUCUCUAUCAAAGGACUCACUCAAGAAUACUGCAACUCUCACGAUCUGUUCAUGGUCCCAGCCGGACAAGGUCUUAUCAAUGACCAAGGUAAACUACUGUAUAAUAUCUCCGGAACCAUGAAGAAUGCCCUAACAGUUUACUUCGCACACGAUAUCAUCUGGGCCAAGCUAAAAGACGAUUUUGAGCCUAUUAGUAUUCAUGAAAUUGCUCACUUUAUAUAG